AAUUACUUCUAAAGUGAAAUGCAUAUUCAUUGUUUAUGAUUUUUCGGUUUUCUCCGUACGAUCUCAGAAACAAACACAGUGAACUAUUGUUAAGGUAUUUCUCCCGAAUUACUUUAUUGGAUAAGUAUAGCUGUUCAUUGUGCAUGUGUGUGUAGGGUGUGUGAAGUCACGUAGUGAACCUUACAUAGCAAAAUAGGCAUAUGCAACAACAACAGAGUUUUUUUUUCUGAACAAAAGAUCAUCGCUGAUUACCCGCAGAGGUAAAAUGCACAAAAUAGUAUAGUACUAUGUACCUAUUUACGAAACUAUUGUGAAACACAAACACCACCAAACCACAGAUGAUGAUGUAGCAUGUCAGACUGAUAUCGAUAAAACUCAUAUUCUAGACGUAUUCCACAUUUCACGACAGCUUUCACCUCGUCUCCGCAACGAUUUAGUGACAUAACAUAAGGCAGAGAAGAAGCUUGAGCUGUUAGGUCAUCACUAAAAAUAAAGCUGACCUUGUACGGCACACCUUCAACUGAGCUACUUACGGUUGAAUGGAUGGAUACCGUAGGUGGUUGGACGAACGCAUCAGGGAAGGAGUGGAACGACACACAUCACAAUUUACAGAGGACAAGCUAAUCCCAGUCUCCCACGAGUCCCACCAGCAGGACCCAACACCCACACCCAAAGACAUCCCACUCCCAGACUCCAGACCCAGAGUCCGGGUGUCAGCUGUGAGAACGUAAACAUAACAAUUCAACACCGCCUUUCUUUUUCUAACUCAAGAGGACCAUCUUAUACUAGGAUAUGGGGAAGUAUGGCUUGCAGGUUCCAAACUGUCCUGAAUAGAUGGAGAAGACAACUGUGUUGCUUCAUCUGAAACAAGUGAUCUAGGCGGAAAAUUAGCUGAAGCAUCAACAAGUGGAGUCUGUUGAGAUUUGAUUCAUGCAGCAUGAUCACAAUUGUGUAUAAGGACUGCAUUAAAACAGAAUGAAGCCUGGUGAUAUUUGUCGAUGUAUCUCAGAUUUUAGUGGUGUGCUACCUGAGGAAAUUACUGUCUAUAAAAAUGACAUAUUACAGAUACACUCAGUGGUUGAUCGUCACUGGGUGGAAGCUGAGGGUGGGGGCGCAGUGGGCCGUGUCCCCUCCAGUGUCAUAGUCAAAACAGAUCUUCCAAAACAUAAUGCAGGUAGUCCAGUUUUUGUUGCUGCAGCUGAUUUUCAGCCAGCUCAGGCAGGAGAUCUUGGCUUUGCUAGAGGUGAUUUUAUUAUUGGAUUGAAUCCAGUAGAUGAUGCCUGGUGGUGUGGUGAAGUUUUUGGAAAAAAAGGAAUAUUCCCUCUAAAUUUUGUGUGGAAAGUAAAUGAAGACAUAAUUGAGGUUGAAGAUACUGCAGAAAAAGCAGUGUGUAUGAUGGGCCAAGUUAGAAGGAGUCUCCGGGCUCAGCUACCAGAAGAGUUGAAUCUUUAUGCAGGAGACAUUGUAAAUAUCACCCACAUAGUAGAUAAGGAUUGGUACAGAGGGGAGAGCAAUGGAUCUACUGGAAUAUUUCCCUGUGACUUUGUUGAUAUUAUUGAGACUUCAAAUGUGCCUUCACCAUCUGCCCUCUCACAGCAAGCCCCAGCUCCAGACUAUUUUCCUGUUGAUAAUUACCAAGACCCAGGCAGUGAUUUUCUAACAGACAGGCCUGGAAACACAGUAGCGUCCACUGAAGUACCUUAUGAAGUCAAUGCUGGCCAGUUAAUGUCUAACAUUAGUGAUGCAGACUCUAGUUCUGUUAGAGCAAUUAUAGAACCCCUUUCCUCUGACCCUCCUGCCACUCUGUCCAAAACAUCCACUCACUGGAAGACCAUUGAUGCCAGUGAUGAUAUUGAUUUGCUUGAUGAUGAUUAUUUUAAGCAGAAUAUGCCUGGUUUAUUCUCCUCUGGUUCUAACAAAAAUGCCACAAGGGGCAUGUGUGAUCCUCAGCUAAUUAUCCCUCCUUUCAGCCAAGAAAGUGCCUCAGAUUCUUUCACUAACUUGAAACCAAGAUAUGAAAAUGUUUCAGGUUCCUUUGCAGCUUAUGUGAACAGAGAAAAUACUCAGUCUGAUGAGCCAUCAGAUACAUUAUACAGAUAUGAGAACAUAAAUGAAGACAUUGUUACAAAAACAAAUUCUGACCAGUAUGAGAGUGCUCCAGAUGCUGAUUUGAAUGGUUUUGGACAUGUUCAGCAAAUGAGUGCCUUAGUUAAUACUCAAGAUGGUGGAUGUGAAGAUCUGCUCAAUUCCUUAUCUAAGGAAGUAGAGGAGUAUUUUUCACAGAACAUGUUAAACAAUAAUAAAGACAAUGUAACUAAUAACAACAAUGUUCACAACAACCUGAUUAAACAAUAUAGCACAAUGUCGUCUCCAGGCUACAAUGAGGACAAUACGGGAAUUGAACCAUAUGGCAAAGCAAUCUUUUCAUUCAAGGCACAGUAUCCUAAUGAACUAACUUUCAAAAAGGGAGAUAUCAUACAUCUUCUGAAACACAUUGACUCUCAUUGGACUCUGGGACAACUUGGAAAUUGUAAGGGAAUAUUUCCUACAUCUUAUGUAGACAUAAUUGUGAAUUGCCUUCAUAAUGAAGAGGAGAUGUUUUUAGCUAGAGCUGAUACUAUGGCACAGCCAUAUUUAGGUUAUGCUAAAGCAGAAUAUAGUUUUGAAGGAGUUCAAGCAGGUGAUGUGACAAUGUCAAAAGGAGAUAUUUUGAAAGUGAUAAAAUUUGUUGAUGAUAAUUGGGUUAUAGCUGAAAAUUUGAGUGGUUCAAAAGGUAUGUGUCCCCAGAAUUAUCUCUCAAUGCUGUUUGAGUUAACUUCAAAACCACAAGAGAUCAGUUCUCAAAUACCAGAUGCAUCAUCAGAGCAAAGUUGUGAGAGAGAAUCUAGGCAACUCAUGCAAACUACCACACCUUCCUCUCGGUCAAGAAGUGCCUCCCCAUACAACAUGGCAGGAAGUAGAAGGUCCUAUAAUAAGGGUGAUUUUGGAAGUAUUAAACAACAGGAAGUGGAAUCAGUUCUUGCAAAAAAUAUAGCAUCCCUAGAUACAGCAUGUAAGAGUACUACACUCACUGAUAAAAGACCCAGUGAAAGUGUGUUUACUGAGAGAGAAGUAUCAGAACUUAUGACAAAAUCCGAAAUUGGACCUCCAGUCAUACCACCUAGAGUGUCCAGGUCUUUGUCAGGUGGUGCUGGACCUACCAGCACAGCUUCUGAUGCUAGCAAGUCUGAAGAAUGUAAUUCUGUAGCAGAUAAGAAACCAGCUGUAGCUCCUAGAACUAAAAAUAUUCCUCCAGUGCCACCCAGAGUUAGUGUCGGGAAAAUUAACUCUGUGAAAUCAGUAUCAAAAGAAGAUGAGCAGGAAAUUACCAGUACUGAAAUUUUCACUUCAAAAUCUGUACAACCUAAGCCUCCUGCUGAGCCAAUUUAUUCCAAAGUUUUGAAGCCCCAAUCAGGCAAGACUUUAUCAUCUAAUAAACUCCAGUUACGAUUAUCAAGGAGGGAAACAGUUUCUGGAAGUGGUCAGUUGAUUCGUGGUGAUAGUGCAAGUAGUGCUUCGUUUCCAGAUGAUGUAUCUAAUGUCUCAUUGAAUAAUGAAGGAACAUAUCCGUCUGAAGCUCAGAAUGGGAACACCUCUCCUGCUAUAUUGCCACAAAGACCAGCUCCUCCACCUCCUCCAAAGCUUGAAGAGAGUGAAGAAUAUUAUUCCUUGCCACCUGAAGUUGAAAGUGAUAUCACUCAGACUUCAGUUAAAUCAUUGCAUAUGGACAGUGCAGCUUCCCAGGCCACCACAUCCGUUAAUACUGAAGAUGAUGAUAAUGGUCGAUAUGAAGCAAUUGAAGAAGAAGUCAAAAGUGAAGAGGAUGCUAAGGUUAAACCAAGAGUGGAUAUACGUCGGGAGUUGAUGCAAGAAAUUGUAACAACAGAGCAUGAAUACAUUCAUGAUCUUGAGGCACUCAUGCAGGUCAUACGGUUAGCCCCUUCACAAAAAGAAUCACAGUCUGUGGACUUGGAUGCCCUUAUGGGAAAUAUCUCUCAGGUUGUAAGUGUUGCAAAAAGGCUUCUUUCUCAUCUCGAUAGUGUUGCAUAUGAAACUGAUGAGAAUCUGCGAAUAGGUCGAGUCUUCCUACUAUGUGCCCCUGAUCUCUGUGACGUCUACAAAAUCUACUGCUCAAACCACAAUGUUGCAGCAGAGCCUUUGCUUAGGAAGUAUACAGAAGAAGCAGAACCUGCAGCAUUUCUUCAGUGGGUGUUAAAUGAACUUGUGCAGCACAAAAUUCAGCUGAUGGAUAUGAGAUCCGUUCUUAUAAAACCUGUGCAGAGGGUGCUGAAGUAUCCCCUGUUUCUUGAUCGUUUGGUGAGCCAAACUCCUCCAGGACAUGCUGAUUUUCAAGAUUUAGUUGAAGCGAAGACCAAGAUGGCCAAUGUUGCCAAAGAAAUAAAUGAAUAUACAAAAAGGCUUGAUCUAAUCAACAAAUACCGGGGUGCUGUCGAUCAAUCCAUCCAGAGCAAGAUGCAGCGAGUCAGCAUGCAUUCUGUUGCCAAGAAAUCAGCAAGGCUCUCUGCUAUUGUUUCUGAGAAACUUGGCAUUAUGACCACGACAAAAGAUCCAGAUUUUGAUGAGGAAGAGACUAAGUUCCGCUGCGUCCAAAGAGCAGCAUUGGCAUUAGUCCAGGAUGCAGGCAUUGUUCUUCAGGUGAUCAAAGCAAGACAUAAGGCUGAAUUGGAAAUUGCUAAAGCCUUAGUUGCAACAUUAAUUGAAGGUGCAAGAACACCAGCAAUAGAAGCACUUCUGCAAACCACAUUGGAUACAUGCAAUAGAUUAUUGCAUAUGUUUGAAAAUUUCAUAAGCAAGAGAAUCACAUACCCUGCAAGUCAGCUAGUAUCGUUGUGUGAAGUGCCUGAACGUCUGAUAGUGAAGAGGUAUCACAAGUUAUUGGAUUUUGAUAAUGCACAAUACAAGUUAGACCGAAAUAAGGACCCGGCAAGAACACGAAUAUUAGAAGAGGAGCUCUCCCAAGCCAAAGGAACUUAUGAAGCUCUUAACACCCAAUUAAUGAUGGAAUUACCAGUACUCACAAUUGCUGGCACAGAUAUGCUCACUCUGUCAACUCGUUCAUUAGUAGCAGCAAGGAUGUAUUUACAAGGACAUUUAGCUAAGCUUUAUCUCCAACUUGCUCAGGUACCUGGGCUCUUGUACUGUGGUGAGGAAGAAAUGCUUUCGCAGUUUCGUGUUAAAUAUUUACAGCAAGUCGGAGAGUUUCGUCAUCUUAGUUUUAUUCCUGCUGAAUCUCUUCAGCGGUCCUUACCUAGAACCAAGUCUCGUGGAAGGAAAUCUCUUGAUAAUGUUAAAAAUAAUGCUGCAGAGGGUACUAAAAGAAAAGUCCUUAGCAAGUACCCUGCAGAUGUCAUUUAUGUGGUUGCUGAAGUGCACACACCGGGAGAAGUUAUGGAGCUUACUCUUUAUCCAGGUGACCAUGUUGCCUUGCUGAAAAACAAAGAUCCCCUGGGCAAGUCAGAUCGGUGGUUUGUGGAUGAUGGUGAUAACAAAGGAUUUGUGAGAGCCUCUUGCCUCAGACACGUCCAAGGACCUGAGAAUAGAGUGGGAGUGGUGACAGCACUUCCAUCAUCAAUCAGUACGGCAGUUCCCCUUCCAGCACAAGGAAAUCCUCUUGCACCACCAAGGCCAUCUACUCUCCCUCGUGCUGCUCCCACACCACCUUUGCCGGAGCGUCCUCCACGUUAUGAGGACCUCUUUCCUACCAUUGCCUCAGCACCAUCGAGACCUCCCCAGAACACUGGCUAUCCUCGAAAUGAACAACAACCACCUCCACGCUACUCUAUGGGUCAGGAGAUGAACUCUCUCCAUAAUCAGACCCCCCUUCCCAGCAAACCUGGACAUACAGAAUCUCAUGAGGACAGGAAUGGUAGACAAGUUCCUGAAAGUUAUUACAGCCCACCCCUUGACAGACAGCAGUCAAAUGAAUAUAACUCACCAGUAUCAGAAGAAAGUAAUAUAUAUGAAGAAAUUGACCAGGGAAGAGAACAGGCUGAGAAACCUGUAGCUGCUGAAACUGAAGGAAGUCCCAUUUAUGAAGUAAUUGAAGAUGGUGGGAUGCACCAGACUUCGCAUCCUCGAAUGAGUAGUGGAGCCAGCCCUCUUCCUGAACCAAACUGUGAAGAACCUCAGUUCUACUACGCACUAUAUAAUUUUGGUGGUUCUGACAGUACUCAGUUAAAUUUAAGUGCAGGUCAAGUUGUCUUGAUUGUUGAAGCAAAAUCAUCAGAAUGGUGGUUUGUUGAAGAUCGUAAUGGACAUCAAGGUUACGUGCCAGCUUCUUACCUCACCAAAUAUACAUAACAUGGUAGUGUAUUCACAAAGAUUAUGUCUCCUUAGUAUUUAAAAUGUAAAUAUUUUUGUACCUGCAUAUAUUAGUGAUUUUAGGAAAUUAGUGUUCUAGAUUACCAGAAUGUAUGAUCAAAUACCCAUCUAACAUUUUAUGUACUAGUAUUUGGAUAUUUUGUGUUGUAUGAUAGGGAGUAAUUAAUGUCUUUGCAGUGGUGUUAUUGUGUCAGCCUUACAUUGCAUCACAGUAUGUAUCCUAAUUGUAUUGUUAGUGCUUUAUUUGGUGUGUCCUGUUUAAUUAAACACUAAAUUUCCUUAUUAAGAAAUAUUUCUGCUGCCAUAUAUAUAUAAGAAAAGUUUUGUGCUCAAGUAAUUGGGAAGAAUAGAGCUUUUAUAUAUUCAUGGUAGAAGUAAAAAAGCUUAAGUCAGUCUGUCACUUGAUUUAAUUUAUUUAGUAAAUUAUCCAAAGGCAGAAGUUGAAGGAAUGAAGAUUUGACUUACUUAUCUCAGAUGUGUUGAGGUCUUUGUUGCAAAGUAUGUCUUAUCUCAUUUUCAUAGCUUUCCCAUCUUUUACAAGUUAGUUACUGUGUUGUUUCAAACACAGCUUGUGGUAAUUUUUUGUGAUUGUGGUAUACUGUGGAGCCCCAACUACGUAUUCACGUUUCGGGAUUCGCUUACUCACCUAUUUGUGAAUUUUUUGUGGAACUUAACUCCAAAUAAUUUGCAGAAAAUUGGUCUGUUCUCUGAUUUUUUUGUAUUAUUCUUAUUAUCACUAUUCAGUCAGUGAACCCUAUUCAAAUGGAACAAGCCCACAGGGGCCAUUUACUUGAAAUUCAAGCUUCCAAAGAAUAUGGUGUUCAUUAGGAAUAAGUAAGAGGAAUUACUAUCAAGAGAAGCACUGAAAGAAGAGAUACCACUUAUUAAAGAAGAAAUAAUAAAUUAAUAAACACAGUAGAGCAUAUCUAAAAUAUUUGCUAAUUAUUUUUUAUUUUAUUUUCAUGACUAAAUAUGUUUUUUAUGAUAAAAAAAUUAUUUGCAUACUUUAUUAAUUUCAAAUACAUAUUAAUAUUAAUGUAAACACACCAAAAUAUCAAUAAAAUAUAUUUUUCCCUUAAAAAAAUGUUCAGAAACAAUGUACCAAUGCCAAUCCUAUCUACAUUAACAGAAAACAGUAAGAUUUGAAUAUUACUGUAUAAAGGAAAAUGUACUUGACUAAGUACUGUAUAGGGAUAACUUGAUAAGUUUUUGCCUUGAUAAAAGUGCAGUAACAAGUGUAGGAGUGUUCACAUGCACCUGUAAGCCAUACUGUAUAUUUUUAAGAGUAAUAUAAGAUGACUUUGAAAUGAUAUUAUGUAAAUUGAAAUGAUAUUAUGUAAAUUGUAGUAGGAUGAGAUUUCUUUUUGUAGAACUAUCUAAAUAUGUUCUUGUUAUUUGAAUUUAAUUUUCAUGACUAAAUGGUACAUUUUUUAUGAUAAAAUAAAAUAAUGAUUUACUAAUUUUAAAAUAUUAACAUUAAAUGUAAAUAGCAAAAUAUCAAUAACAUGUAUUUUUUUCCGUAAAGAAUGUUUGCUAGACAAAGUACAGAUUUUAAUAACAAAGGUAACGGGAAAGAAAAUGCUGCUUAGGACAUUGAAAUACCUAGGUCCAAUGUGUUAUUUGACAUGCUAUUGGCUGGCAUUUGCCAAGAAGCUAAUCCAGGAGUGCCAUUCAUUUUCCUUGGCGCUGAUUGUCUCGUGGAGACCUGUACAGAGCCCACACCUCUUCCAGUUCACUGCGUAGACCUCAACUUUGUGAGCAUGUUGUUGGGUACCUGUUGUGUACAGUACAGUACUUUGUGUAUGUUUGUGCCUCAUUUUUAAUCUUAAUGUAUCUCUUUUAAUCAUGCCCAAAGAUCCCUCCUAACUGCCCUGCUCCUUCUAAGGCUUCUGGCAAAGUGCCUAAGACCCAGGAGAAUACAGUCAGUCCCCAGGUUACGACGUGUUUGGCUUACGACGUUCCGAGGUUAAGGCGCUUUUCAAUUAUAUUCAUCUGAAAUUAUUUCCGGGGUUACGACGUUUGUUCCAGGGUUACGAUGCCUACCACACUGAUCUGGCAGAAGAAAUAUGAUACCAAAAAUGCAAAAUAAUCAAUAAUUGAAGGUUUUUUUUAUGAAAAAUGCAAUAAGAAUGCAGUUUACAUAGUUUUUAAUGCACCUAAAGCAUUAAAAGUAAGGUUUUCUUAGGAUUUUCCACGAUGUUCCGGCUUGCAACGAUUUUCGGGUUACAAUGCGUCUCAAGAACGGAACCCAUGUCGUAACCCGGGGACUGCCUGUAUCAUGGUGCUCCAGGAGAACGUAAAACGUCUGGAAAUACUGAAGGAAGGGAAAACUUACAUUGCAGUAGCUGCUAUUAUGGUGUGAGUGAGAGUAGUUCCCUCCGGUACAUCAAAAAGAAAGAAUUGGUAGUGCCAAGACUGUUUCCACUGUGUAUGAUUAGAAUAUUGGCAGAUGGAGAGUGCCUUGGCAUUGUGGAUCACGUUGUGCCAGAAGAAUAACAUGCCCCUCGAUUGGAACAUCAUAGGCACGAAAUCUCUACUAGCAGUUUUUGCCUGUUACAGAAGGUGGCAAUGUACAGGAGGCAAACUUCUUAAACUUUGAUGACCCUGCCAAAGAAGAGGAAGAAGUGGGAUCAUCGUCAGCUCCUGAGGGUUUUUGGGCCAGCAAGGGGUGGUUCCACCGUAUCCAGAAGCAGUUCCACCGAAAGUUUGUCUUUCUGCAUGGAGAAAUGGCAUCAGCAGACACUGAAGCAGCUGUGAAAUAUCCUGAGACCUUCAAGGAAAUCAACAGGGAUAAGGGCUGGCAUUUAGAACAGGUGCUCAAUAUGGACAAGACUGGCUUGUUGUGGAAAACAAUUCCUUCACGGACAUACCUUAUGAAGGAUGAAGCCAGAGCCCCCAGGUUUUAAGGCCUAGAUGGGCAGGGUUACCCUCUUCAUGUGUGGCAAUGCUGCUGGCUUCAUGCUGAAGCCAAGGCCUCAUUUACAAGGCUGCAAACCCCAGGGCCCUUAAGAAUAAGAACUAGGACUUGCCACCUGUGUUUUGGAUGCAUAACCCUAUGGCCUGGAUCACCAAAAUCCUUAUAUCUAAUUGGUUAGUGUAAAGCUUCAUCCCUCCAGUUGAGGAUUAUUUCAAUGAUUUGUGUAUGGAGUUCAAGGUGUUUGUGAUAAUGGGUCUGCUGCCCUCCAUCACCUCUCUCCUCCAGCCUAAGGACCAGGACAUGACCUGUGCCUUCAAGGCAUUCUAUACUCAGAACUCCCUCGAGCACCUUGUGACGGCAGUGGACAAUGACAGUGAAUUUAUAUUGAGGGAGUAUUGGUGUAAAUUCAUGAUUGCCACAUGUCUGACCGUCAUUGGCUGAACGUUGAAUCAUAUGAAGAAGGAGACCCUUAAUGAAUGCUGGAAGAAGUUGUGGCUGGAGUGUGUUUAUUAUUAGUAUAAGGGCUUCUCUUCCAAAGAAAUUCAACAUUCAGCCAUUGAUAAGGGAGUCCAAUUGAUGAGGAUGCUUGGUGGAGAAGGCUUUGAUGACAUCACCAAGGAUGAAGUCGGCACCUUCAUUGAUGCCUCUGUGACCCCCUGAUGGACCAGGAUGUGAAAGGGCUGAUGAAGUCUGCCAGUGAGGAACAAGAUGCAGCAGGUUCAGGUGAUGAGAGCCUGUCUUAGGAAUGUCUGUCACAAAUUUUAAAGGAAACCAGAUAGCUGCAGGAGAUGACUGAGGCAUGGAAUCCGUAUAUGGAACGCUCCUUAAAGUGUUCAAAUGCCCUUGAUACAUGCAUGGCACCCUAUAAUAACCUUCUCUUUACCAAGAAGGAGCAGCUACAGCAGGUUCCUACCACUAUGUUUCUCAAGCUUGUGAAGAAGGACCCUCCAAAGCCUCCUGAAGCCCUUAAAGAAGGGCAAUUGGUAGGCAAAGUGGAUGAAAAAGGGGAAGAGGCUCCCUCAGAGGAUAUAUAACUCCUCUGCUUUACUAUGCAGUCAUAUCUCCAUCAUCAUUCAUCAGACUGCACAGCUAAUUUAUCCUCAUCUUUAGUCAACAUCUUAAACUUCUCAUUAUUUUGAAUAUUUUCUCAAUGUAUGUAUAUUUAAAUAAUUAGGUACAGUACAGUCCUUAACUGCUUCCUGUACUGUACUUGAGAAUGUACCAAUGUCACAAAAUAGUAAGGCUUGAAAGAAAAUGUAGUGCCUGAAUACAGGGAUGAUUUGAUUAGUUUUCACCUUUGUAAGAGUACAGUAACAGUUGUAGGAGUUUUCACACACAGCUGCAAGCCAUAUAUUUUUGAGGAUACAAAAUGUUGCAAGAUGACUUGAAAUUAUAUUAAAGUGUUUUAGGAUGAUAUAGUUUAAGGUAUACAUUGGUGUUUGAACUAUUAAAAUAGGCAGUAAUCAGCAUUUUUAGAGGGGUGUCUCCAGUAUUUGCAAAUUUUAGCUAGUCAUGGGUGGUUGUGGUCCCUAACCCCUGCAAAUAUCAGGUAUCCACUAUAUAUGAAUAUUAAAAAGUAAUUUUUUAUACCCACAACAUCAGUAUAUUUCAAGAAACGUUUUUGUUAUUCUUUAUUUGCAGUGAUGAUAAUUCAUAUUUGGUUUUCAAUUUUUUUUCUAAACUAUCCAGUAAUGUAAAUGAUAUAAUUAUUUGCCAGUUGUUUGUUAUAGUAAAUCUUCUUAAACAUUGAAUAGCAGUCAUUUUCUAUAGAUGAGAAAUGGCAUAUUUAUCACUGGAAGCAAAUUUAUUGCAAUUAUCAGUUAAUUUUGGUGCUGGAAAUAAAUGUUUUGAUAAUAAUUUGUUUUACCAUGCUUUCACUCAAAGAUUGUUAAUACUUAAUUUUACAUAAUAAUAUCUGUAGUACUCAUAUUUCUUCAAAUCUAUUCCUGCAUCACAGAUAGUACAUGGGUUUGUAUGUGAUAUGGAAGUGGGUUCCUCCUAUUUUUUUAUGAAAUUUCAAGAUUGAGAGAUAGCAUUUGACAGAUGUUUAUGUUUCAUGAAAAUUAAGUUUAUUAAUAUUUUUUUUAUUAUAUAUAGAAAAUUUGUUUGAAAUUUAUUGCUUUAUUUGGCCAUUCUGGGACUUUUCACAUUUUUAUAUAUCACAGACUUGGAAAAAUUAAAGUAUACUAACAGAAUUCCAGUAACCAUCUUAUGAUUGAAUGGUCUGUUGGUAUGUGGAUUUGCAGUACUGUACAUUGCUACACAAAACUUAUUUCAUGAUAAUUUGCUACACAAGGCUUUAUUCCAUGAUAGUUGCAAGUACAGUAUUGUAUGUACAAGGUUUUGUAACAAAAGCAUUUAGGUACAGUAUUUUUUAUUGAGAUAGCUUUUUUUAUGAAACUUUAGUUGUCAUUAUGUUGUAAAGUUAAACCAAAUGUUGCAUUUGUGGUAUAUAAACUUGAUUUCAGUAUCCAGUUGAUCAUCAGUGAGGGUCCUGUAUAAUUAUUACUUUAUUGGACUCGAUUUGUUGUAGUACUUCUAAGAAGUAGUGAUUAUUGCAUUUGAUUGCAUAGGGUCGAUGGACAUGCAUGAACAUCCCAAUUUUAGCAAUGAAUUUUCAGAACUUCUGACUUUCGUUGUACAUUAAUAUUAUUAUAUGUUCUUAGCCUUACAUACAAAAUUGAGUGCUGAUCCAUUGGGAGGAUUGUCAGGGAGCAGGAAGAUGGUUACUUGUUCUGAGGGAGUGUCAUAUCAGCUUCCUGGAGCUUUUGGCUGUUUAUCCAUCUUAGAAUAUUGAAGCCUCCAUAAAAGAUCCAUAUUUUGUUGGUCCUAGACAAAUGACUGCAAGUCUUGUAAUAUUUAGAGGUUGGGCUCACACUCAGCCCUUCUCAAGUCAAUAAUUCCCAACAUGUUUCCACUUCCAAAAGUAGACCGUUUGCCAUAUUCACGAAGUAUUAACUUCCAGUGUGUGUAUCUGAAUCUGGAUUGUCAGGCAAUAAAAAGAGAUGCAUUAUUAUAAGAAUAGAGUGAAUGGAGGACACUACUCUUUGCUGCAUUGUCCCAGAUUUUAAAGACUUUGAACUAUCUGCUGGCGCUCUGUGGGACUGCUUACCUAGUGGCCCCAAAUGGCUGAACAAUCAUUGGUUCUGUUUGCUUUAAGAAUGGGCGAGAGAAUAGAUUCCAUUACUGUCUACUGUUCUAUCACAGACAGGAGGGAAAGUCCUCUAUGCAGCCUCCUUUCUAAGCUGUGAUCUUCACAUGUUGAUUUUUUAAAAUAUGGUCUUCUGUGAAGAUUAUUUACCUAACAUUGUCCAUAUGGAAAAUGUGGUUAGAUUAGUACCUCCAUCAUACUGAAACCCCAGACCUGGCAUCUAAUGAGGAAGAUAGCCAACAUAAGCACUGUUUUCAUGUCUAUGCGAAUAGGAUGAAGGAAAAAUCUAGGUAGUUGCUGUUACAGGAGAUAGAGCCCUUUUGUCCUGAAUCUUUUACAUUCCAUCACUGCCAACAAGCACCAUUCUGGCUGAGAACAACUAUAAGAGAAGUCUUAGAUUGGUUGGUCUGCCUUGGAAGACCAUGAGAGUGUAACUCUUUCGAGGACUCACAGGAGUUUCCAAAAAUAGGUUUUUCCUGCAUCAAAACCUGUGUUUUCAUCUGUAUGUUGAGCUUACGUGUAUUUUUAAAAGCUAUAAAUUUAAUGCCACGUGUGAACCAGGCCUAGCUGUGAUUAUGCUCUUGUUUAUCUUUUGACUAGAAUUUAGUUUAAAUGAAUGGGUAAUAAUGAUGAUGAUAACAAUUCUAAAUGAUACAAUGAUAAAUAACAUUGUAGUUGGAUAGGUAGAAGGGCCAGCAAUCUAAAAUUGCAUGUAGUGCUUCCCUUUGUAUAUAAGAUACAAAGAUAUUUUUGGGUUAAGAAUUGAAUCCUGUAGGCCAUUAAAUGUUCCUGUUUAUCAAGGUACUUGUGCUUUAUUGAUACACUGAGUUUCAAACAUCACUACCAGCCACUUCUUGUAUUUUAUAUCUUAGUUUUUGAUGUACAGUACUGUGAUUCAUUAUUGGGCCUGUUGAGAAAGUCGGUUUUUCACAUAUGAAUUUGUUAGUUUUGCCUCGUCUUAAUGGAUCCCAGGAAGGAUUUUGCACUAAUAGACCUGAAAAUUCUAUAGAACUGAUAUUUUGAAAUGAUAAAGUUUUACAGUUAAUUUAUCCUACUGAGCACUUUAAACAUUCUACACUCCUGAGGUAGUUUUGCAACUGUGCUUUUAAAAAUGCAAUUAGAUGUUUUAAUCUUGUAAGUUAACAUAAGUAUACUAGUGUAACUUAAAUUUUGCUAACGUAUUACAUAACUGACAAGAUCAUAUAAACUUUACUUGCAAAUGAUUUAUUCCUUUUAACUAUAUAGUUGUCAUGGUUUGAUUGUCUAGUUUAUAUGUUUGAGUAUUUGUCAUACUAUACAGUAAAUUUAUAGAAUUAGCUUCAUUUCCAGCCUGUUCAUAUCCUUAUAUCCUAUACUCAAGAACUGUUUGACAAGAGGUACUCCUGCAUGAUCUUAUCAUUGUAGAUAGUUUCAAAUCCAUUCAAUGUAUUUGGGAAAUAAUCUGAAUCAUUACUCAGCUGUAGGCUGUAGUGUUGAGGACAUAAGAUAUUAGAAAAAGUUCCUUAGAAUUUGCAAAGUAUUAAUAACAUCCUCUGCUUGAAUGAAGUUUUGAAUAUUUUAGUUUAACAGUGUAUACCAUAAAACCUCCCCAAGUGAGUGAAAGGCAUCAUUAGUUCAGUUUUAUAGCAGAAACUGUAGGCUUCCUCUACAUUGCAGGUGAGACUCAAAUGCUUGAAUUUAUAUACCAAAAGCUUUUAUGAAAACAUUGUUCUAAAUAGUUGUAGAGAUUCUGUAAGUCUAGAAAUUUAAUAUUGCCAGCUUUUUUUAUAUCUGAGCUACCAUAGUUUCUUAUGUCAAAGAUGCCCCUUAAUUUUGACUAGGAAAAUUGUGAAAAAAAGAAAAGAAAUAAGGGUACACAGUUUCAUGAGUUGAUGGAUUUGGUUGGUGCACUGCAUGCACCAAAGUCUCAAUUUUUAGAAGUACCAACACUUUGGAUGGUACAAUAUAUUGGUUAUUGAAGAGUUUUGAUUUUGUAUAAAAAUACUGUAUUCCAGCAAAAAUGAAAAACUUUAACAGAUUGUUAAAAAGGCAUUUGGGAUAAGCUGCUCAGCAAUAUUUUAUAAGCCUUCAGUGUUUCAGCAUGUGAAAAUGGAUGUAGCUACAGCUGGUGUAGUAUUUUAAGAUUCAGGUGAUAUUGUAUGUAGCUCAUGCAGCAUUUUUUUUAUCUGAGCCUAAGAAAACUUAACAACACCCACCAGGAAAUAUUACAAAUGCGAAAUAACUUUUUAUUGCAUAGUUAUGUUGUGUAAAAAUGCCACAAAAACAUGACAUCUCAAAUAGAACAAGAUAAAAGUAGAGUAAAGAUGAAGUCAGUGCAAUAUAUAUACAGUAGUAUCUCCUGUGUCUGCAUUAAUAGAGCAAAAGCCCUUUCUGAUUAUGAAAAUUUCAACAAAUGUCCAAUAAAACUCUACAGAUGUAAAACAGCAACUCCAUGCCCUUACUCCCCCUACCUUGUCUGCAAAAUUGUUAAUGCUAAAUGUGGUUUAAACAACAAUCACACUAAAAACGUGAUGUGAAGGGCGAUUUCCCAGCUAAUUUUCCCUUAUUUGUAACAAAAUAUACUUUGUGCAAAAAAUAA